AUGUUCUUGUCCCGAGACAAAUCAAUAGUUCGUGGUCACCUCUUCGUGCUCGAGGAGACGAUUACACCACUUCCUGUUUUCGGAGACAUGCUUCCCCGCGAGCGGCUCGUCGAAAUCCGCUCUCAUCAUCAGAAAGAAUCGCUAGUAUCUCCAGGCCGCUGUCACAUUGUGGUCUUCGGGCCUUUCCCCGCUGGUUCACUGAGAUUCGAUCGAUUACUAAAGAUAUUGCCACUGUCUAAAUCAUCCCGCACCAUCUCUCCAUCCACUCCACCAACAGAAAGACGAACUUACAAUUCGGUCCAACUCUCGGUCCUCACUGAAGCAUCCCGUCCAUCUGCUACCUCUCCCCCAACUCCCAAGCGCCGGAGCAGUCCGGCUCUCGGAAGUAACCCGGACCUUCUUGGGGGAAUCUGCUCAGCCCAGACUACUACAACAUCGACGGCGGCAGCAGCUGAGAGACCUGAGACAACGAAAGCUGAACGCGGACAAGCCAGCAGCCGUGCUUAA